AUGGCGGCGGCGAGCGUGAGCGUGGCGGAGUGCCUGCAGCAGGAGACGACGUGCCCGGUGUGCCUGCAGUACUUCGCCGAGCCCAUGAUGCUGGACUGCGGCCACAACGUGUGCGGCGCGUGCCUGGCGCGCUGCUGGGGCGCGGCCGAGGCCACCGUGUCGUGCCCGCAGUGCCGCGAGACGUUCGCGCGCCGCCUGGUGCGGCCCAACCGCCACCUGGCCAACGUGACCCAGCUGGUGCGCCAGCUGCGCGCCGAGCGGCCGGCCGGGCCGGGCGCGGCGGGGCCGGGCGGCGGCAUGGGCGCCUGCGACAAGCACCGCGAGCCGCUCAAGCUCUACUGCGAGGAGGACCAGACGCCCAUCUGCGUCGUGUGCGACCGCUCGCGCGAGCACCGCGGCCACAGCGUGCUGCCGCUCGAGGAGGCCGUCGAGGGCUUCAAGGAGCAAAUUCAGAACCAGCUGGACCAUCUCAAGAGAGUGAAAGAUUUAAAGAAGAGACGGAGGGCUCAAGGGGAGCAGGCGCGAGCUGAGCUCUUGAGCCUCACACAGAUGGAGCGGGAGAAGAUCGUGUGGGAGUUCGAGCAGCUCUACCACUCUCUCAAGGAACACGAGUACCGCCUGCUGGCGCGCCUCGAGGAGCUGGACUUGGCCAUUUACAACAGCAUCAAUGGUGCCAUCACCCAGUUCUCCUGCAACAUCUCCCACCUCAGUAGUCUCAUUGCACAGUUGGAGGAGAAGCAGCAGCAGCCCACGCGGGAGCUCCUGCAGGAUAUCGGGGACACAUUAAGCAGGGCUGAGAGAAUCAGAAUCCCAGAACCUUGGAUCACACCUCCAGAUCUACAAGAGAAAAUCCACAUUUUUGCCCAGAAAUGCCUAUUCUUGACAGAGAGCCUAAAGCAGUUCACAGAAAAAAUGCAGUCAGAUAUGGAGAAAAUCCAAGAAUUGAGAGAGGCUCAAUUAUACUCAGUGGAUGUGACGCUAGAUCCCGACACGGCCUACCCGAGCCUCAUCCUCUCCGACAACCUGCGGCAAGUGCGCUACAGCUACCUGCAGCAGGACCUGCCGGACAACCCUGAGCGCUUCAACCUCUUCCCUUGUGUCCUGGGCUCGCCCUGCUUCAUCGCCGGCCGCCACUACUGGGAGGUGGAGGUGGGCGACAAGGCCAAGUGGACCAUCGGCGUGUGCGAAGACUCGGUGUGCAGGAAGGGCGGCGUGACCUCGGCCCCCCAGAAUGGGUUCUGGGCGGUGUCCUUGUGGUACGGGAAGGAGUACUGGGCCCUCACCUCGCCGAUGACAGCCUUGCCCCUGCGGACCCCGCUGCAGCGCGUGGGCAUAUUCCUGGACUACGACGCGGGAGAGGUCUCCUUCUACAACGUCACUGAGCGCUGCCACACCUUCACCUUCUCUCACGCCACCUUCUGCGGGCCCGUGCGCCCCUACUUUAGCCUCAGCUACUCAGGGGGCAAGAGCGCGGCCCCCCUCAUCAUCUGCCCUCGGAGUGGCAUCGAUGGCUUUUCUGGCCACGUCGGUAAUCCUGGCCAUUCCAUGGAGACCUCCCCGUAGGGGCCUACCUUGGGCCCAUCUUUUUGCCACCGGCUACCUUUCCACUCGCUCUUCGGGCCCUGGCGGAGUGGCGGGCCCGCCAGUGCCGGGGGUUGCCAUCCUCCUCCCCGUACAGAUCAUGAGAGGUUGUGAGAAGUCUCCAGAUGGUCCCGAAACCAAAACCAGGGUCCAUCCAUCACCCCACCCCUCGUGUUUGGCCUGUUCCCGGAGGGGAGACAGAAGG